GACGUGCAAGAAGUUAAACCAUUAUUUUAAUAAUAAUGUGAUAAUUAACUUAAGUGGGAACUGAAAGUUCAGUUGAAAAAAACUCAUAGCCUAGCCUAAGAUCCCUUUCUUCUCAAAUUGACACCCCACAAGCGUCAUCAAACGAGCUGGCAAAGGCCGCAAAAUCGGCCUCUGCUAAAACCUGAAAUUUCUUUCCUUUUCUUAAGAGCACUCGUUAAAAACAGUAAGCAAUGUGAUUCAUAUAUUAAAGUAUGUGUGCCAGAUGUCUGGAUAGGUCUGAGCUCUAGCUCCCACCCCCCUCUGCCAUUGGCCGCCGUGCUGUCUGAUUCUCGUGACCAAUAAACGAUGGAGAAUCGUGUUCUUCCGGUCAGUGGACUAACAGUCAAGGCGAACGCAGCAGCACUGCACGUCGUGGAGCGAUGGUGUUCGGAGAAUCGAGACGUUAGUUUACGAACGGCAAAAAAAAAAAAAAAAAAAGACACGGACAACAAGGACCCCGCAUCUAACGGAGAAUAUGAGCAAGGAAGAAGCGUCAUGUCGACCCGCUUCUUUGAAGUUCACCAUUGAUAAUAUUCUCAACUCCAAGUCGAGCAGCAGAAACUUUGACAGCUGUCAUUCAAAGACUUCGCUUGUAGUGUGUCGGGAUGGCUGUCUACAUCAUCCCGGAGAGAGCGAGGGUCCAUGCAAAGAAGAGUCAGAUGCAAGAUUGCACGCCAUUGAUAAAGUCACCAUAGACGGAGAUGGGAGAGUGGACGCGCUCAAAACCGUCGACGUGCGCAGCGAGAGCACGGACAGCUGCGACGACGCGCAACAAAAGAACAACGGCAAGAAGAAUAAACUGAUGACGAAAAAGAAAACGCGCACAAUAUUUUCAAAAAGACAGAUCUUCCAACUGGAAUCUACGUUUGACAUGAAACGCUAUCUGAGUAGCGCAGAGCGCGCUUGCCUGGCGAACUCUUUACAGCUCACCGAGACUCAAGUCAAAAUCUGGUUUCAGAAUCGACGGAAUAAAUUAAAAAGACAACUGUCUACUGAACUGGAGGGACCGAAUAGCGAUUUCGGUGACAUUGGAAAGACGGUACCGCUCCCAGCUUUAUAUAAAGAGAAUAAUCUUCUCGGAAGGUGCAUGCUUCCAAUGCCUCUGCCAGUCGUGUAUCCUGGAGGUAGCGCGCCUUACUUUUAUUUCUCAAAUGCCAGCAAGUACUUCAGCAUGUUUGAUGGAGAUAUAUGACUUAGAAAAGACCCUGGCGCAAGGGACACAGUUUUCUUAGCUCUUCUAAACAGAACCGACAACACGGCCCAACUUAAAUUUUGAUAAGCAUUAUCUGCCUUUUUGAGUGUUUUGCUGAGAACAUUGUUGAGCUAUCGGUCAGUAAAGAAGCUGGCUUGCAUUUCUAUGCAAAACCUAUUUUAUUUAUUGUAUGCUGUACAACAUUUUAUAUAAAAAUAACACUUAUACCCCAGCCAUACUGGCAGAAAAGCCAGUCCCAAUCAUCCUGUCUUCACAUGGCAGGGAAUUAUAACACACAUGUUUUACGGUUUACAUUAUUAUUAUUAUUAUUAUUAUUAUUAUUAUUACAUCUCUGCCAAAGAUAGAUUAUUGAUGCAUGCAUUUGUAUUUUAAAUGGCACUCUAAUUUGAAUGAAAACGUAUUUAAGUGAAUGUAUUGGUUAAUUUACAUUUUACGCAUGUUUGUAUGUUUAUUCCUUUUAGAUUUUUUUCGUUUUAAUUCCUUUCCAGCAUAACUUGGCCAAUUGACUAUAGGCUACCAGUAUUUUAUCGAGUGUCAUUAAAUCUUCUGUUUUACACUUGCUUCAAAA